GGGAACCGAGGAGGAAACGGACUGAAAGAAAAAAAAAGAGAGAAGAGAGGCUCAACCGCACUGUGACUCCCGAUGUACAGUCCAUAAAUUAACGUUUUUUAUAUUUUAUUUCUUCCGCGAAGAAACCUCAAGUUUUUCUAUUUUUCGAAAAGUAACGUGUCUACCUCAGUUUUAAGGAUUUUAAUCACGAUUUGAGCUCGUUUACAUCUCCUCCUUCUGCCGCAGGGCUUUUUUUGUACUUUUGCACUCGUUGAAGCGAUCCUGACGUUGAGCGAUGUCCAGCCUGCGCCUGCUGGCCCUCAGAUGAUCCAUGACCACACAUCAUUGAUGCACUUUAGCACCUUUCUGGAGCCUUCCCCCUGCUGUGAACCCCGCAGCUGAUGACCAAAGUGACCGCAACGCCUCCCCGCCGUCGCCCCGAGCCACGCGCCUCCCACACCCCCUCCCUCAGCCUCAGGCCCCUGCAGGAAGUCCCAGCAUGUUCCAGAGGUUCGCCAGCGCUCUGUUCGGGGACGAUGUGGAGGAGCUGAGUCGAUGCAGCAGACCUGGAGAUGGGAAAGAGGAGGAUGAGGAGGAUGAAGACUGGAUCUUGGUUAACUACCUGGCUGACGCCUGCUCUGGUCAGUGUGGCGACGGCCUCGCUGGAUCCACCGCCAGCCCUCAGGAAGGGGAGGAGGAGGAGGACCUGGUGAUGAUUCCCUCCCCCAUGGCCAGCCCCCCCGUCCGCUACGCCUCCUGCACCUCUCUCAACUCCACGGCCGACACCGACCCGGACGGCGGUGCGGAGGAGGACGAGGACGGCGAUGAGUACGAGGAGGAGGAAGAGGGCGGGUUCCUGCGCCUGGACGCCUGCUCUCUGGAGGAGAGCUGGUUCGUCACCCCUCCGCCCUGCUUCACCGGCCGCGGCAGCAAACCCAUCCUCUUGGAAACCAGCCCUCUGGAGAACCUGCUGAUCGAACACCCCAGCAUGUCCGUCUACGCCCACCACAGCCCCCCGCGACUGAACCUCGACCCCCUGCCGCGACGCUCGCUUGACCGGGAGCUGGACUUCUUGUCCGGCAACACGCCUGCCACCCCGACAGCCUCUGGUGGAAAGGAGAAGGCGAGACGCACGCUGGAGGGCCCUCGUCACAGGCCAGAGGUGGCGGUCGUCCAGCGCCGCUCCAGCCUCCACUCCACCUGCUACGCCGCCGCGCUCUCCUCCCACCCCGACCUCCUGCAGCAGCGGCCGGGUAACGGCACCCAACGCACCCAGCCGCUGUCCCGCAAGGCCCUGCGCCGCCUCAACCUGCUGCGCCCUCCCAAGGCCAGCAACAUGCACCUGCACCAGCCCAGCCAGAGACACCUCAACUUCUGAGGGGGGUCCUGAUCAUCAUCAUCAUCAUCAUCAACCUCAAUACUUCAAGCAGUACGGGAAUUUAACACUGGCCACCCACAAACACCCACCUCUGUUUUCUUCUUCUUACCAAGAAACAAACACCAGCAACAAGUUAAUCACAUCAUCAGCCACCGCUCACACCUGAUCUGUUCUGAAAUCUGAUUGGACGGUGAAAUAGGGAACGUGGCUGGUGUGUUAUUUUUUUUUUUUCAUUAUAUCAGGACAUGUGGCCAGUGAAGAGUUUCUUCCCUCUUCCUUCUCUUCAUCUAUCCAUCCAUCUUACUUUCAUAUCGAUGCUGACAAGACGGGAUGUGAAAGGAAAAAGGUCAUCAUGAGCGCCUCCUCCUCCCUCUUUCCCCCCGACUUCUGUUUCUCUGGACCAGUUUGUGUCCAAUCACAGAGAGACAGAGAUGUCCUAGCGACACCCUCUCUCUCUCUUUCUUUCUUCUUCUUGUUCUUUACGAAAACCUUAAUGUGUAGAAUCAACGCUGUAGGUCACUUUAUUCAGUGGCAGGUUCAGGCCGUGACGGGACGUCCCGGUAGCAUCGCAGCGUGACGGUUGAUUGGCCGGUGACUUGACAAGACCAGCAGGAGAUAUUCUGGAUGGUAAAUCACUUGAACAUGUGCCGUGCAGCAGCGCAACGUUUCCAUUUAAUCAGUGCAGGAUUGUUGUGAUGGAGCCUCGAGCACAGUUGCCUCUCCCCCAAAAAAACAGUUUCCGGUAUCUGCAGUGAAAUUCACAGUGGUGGCUGCUGUCGUAGUUGGGUUUCUAUAACAGGAAAAAUCCCCUCGAGUCACGUUUAUUCCUACUAAUUGUGCUAAAAGUUUUGCCUUCCUAAUGUGGCAUUUUAGAGCUUUAUAUUUUUAAAAAAACUACAAUAUUUUGAGCCCAUAUUUGAGCCUCUUUGAAAGUGCAAUACUAAAUCACUGCCUCUUUAAACAUAAACUACUUUCCUAAUCCAGCUUUCGGGUAUUUCUCUCUUUUAACACUUUAGAUGUUGUAAUUUCUUUUAGUCGCUGCGACGGUUUCAACGAGACAUUCACUCCACCUUCAUGUAUGUUUAAAUAUUGAAGAACUUAAGCACGAGCCAGAUAUGAAGACGUUGCGAUCACAGGGUGUCGUGACCGAGAACCGAGAGACAGAACAGAGAGCUUGAACCAAAUUUGAAUCUUUCACAUACCCGACCCACGUACUGUAGCUGCUUUGCCUUUUUAACUGCCCUUGUAGACACUUGUAGCUUCAACGCGUUUCCUCCUUUGUGAUUGUUGCUGUAAAAAGAAUCCCUUUGCUUUAUAAUCCACUCGACCUCACGUCUGUACUCGACCGACCAUUUGCAAAAUAAUCAACUAAAAUAAAGACUACUGUUACAAAUGAAGCCACGAAAGCAAAACACGACCUCAAAAAACUGAAUCUAAACAGUGUUAAAGCCUUUUUGGGGGAUUAGUUCGAGUCUUGCAGCGCCACCGUUCUGUUAACGUUCCCUCAUCGCUCGUCCUGUGACGCCGGCUGAACCUGCCUCUGACUUUAUAAUUCAGUACUUUUCACAAUAUUUUUUUGAAAAGCAAAAAAAAAGAAAAAAAGACGGUAAAAAUUACUGGGUUAAAUAUCACUAAACGCCUUGUUUUAACGGUAGCUUUGAGAUAGAAAUGUACAAAAAAAAAAAAUACAAAAUGUAUGUAAUAAAAAAAAAACUUCCAAAAUAUUUUUUUGAAAAGAAAAAAACUAAUUACAUAUCAGUAUGAAGUUGGUAUAUAUGCGUCUAUGGUUUCUUGCUUAGGUAUGUUUGGUUAUGUUAGUGUGCAAUCUGUUGCAUGGUUGUAGAGUUGUUAGUGUCAUGAUGGUGGGAAGAAAAAAAAAAGAAAAUGGAAAAAGAUUAUUUUUUUUCUUGUUUGUUCUUAAAUGAAUCUGCAGUCCACUUCUCAGGGUCACAACCAAUCACCUUUACACUUUAGGAAAAUGCAGAUUUACUUGACGGCUGAUGAUUCUUUGCGCGUUGCUCGGACUUUUCCAGCUCUGUCCUUGCGAGCUUAGCCCUCGUGAAAAUGUUUGUAAGAGAUAAUUGACUUUUAGUUUAGUGUCUGAGAAACUUAUUUGUUUGGUCCCAGGACUGUGAAAAACGAACUCUUUGACGCUGUCAGUCGACUGUUGGGAAUCCAUCGAGAUGGAGAGAAACUGUUGGUCUUUUUCAGCGAUGUUUAUAUAUAUAUUUUUUUCUCAUUUGCUCAAGUGUACCUAACAUGGUUUUAGAAUUGUACUUUAUGCUAUUUUAACUGUUCUUCUGUUUUCCAUGUUAACUUAGUUACAUUUUGUUAAAAAUAUUUAAACCAAAAAAGUAGCAGUGAUCUUUAACCUUUCACUAGUUUAUUAUUACUGAUGUUCUUUUUGUGUUUUGUUGUUUUUUUUAAGUGUUGCUUAACAGUUCUUGGCCUCGGUGCUCUGAAAUAGUGGACUGUUUCAUAUUUUUAAUGUGUCUGCUGUAGGGAAAGUGGAGCCCGGGCUGAAUAACCACACUGCAGGAGGAAAGAAAUCAAUCAAAGCUCUACGGACUAAUUACUGCCAGGAAAAAAAGACGGAAACUAAAACAAAGCAGAUUAAAUGUUAGGAACAAAAUGAACAAGUCAAAAUCCAUACAUUUAUUUCUCAAGAUUUUUGACUUAGUGGAAGCUACGGUUAGGAAGACUAACGUUUUGAGUGAAGUUGAAACAGUCGUUUUGACUUACACCAGUGUUUUUAUCAUUCUUAAUUUGCUAGCUGUUGUCGUUUUCCUGCCGAAAUGGGCUGCAAUUAUUUAUUGUGUUCUCGAAACAGACGAAGGGCUCACGUUUUUGCUGAUCCAACGCAUCGACAGAAAACGAUUAAGUAGGUCUGUUUAAUGUGGACGUUCAGGGAAUGGAUCCCGUUUAAGCUGACGCAAUAUGUCGAGGUCUGUGCAGUGUGAACGCAAACAAACAUAAAACAAAACGGUCAGAAAAUAUUCAGUCACUUUUGACGGAACUGUCGUGCAGUGUGGUUCUUGUAUCUCCAUUAAAAAUCUGACUAGUUUUUUGGUUGUGUUGAUACGAAGGUAGCAUUAUUCAGAAAGCACUAGCAGACGUUUGUUAGGCAUCCGUGUGGUUCGCUGUAAAUAAUCGUAUAGUGGAGUGGGUCUCUGGUGUUUUUAAGCUUUUCUUUGAUUUCUCGAAUGUGUCUCUCUUUCUCUCUCUACUAUCGAGCUUUGCAAUCAUGAAUUUUGUGUUACUACGAUGUUUUUAUUUUGGAAAAAGACAAACUUAAAGACAGAAGGGAUCGGAGGAGAUGUUAACGGCUUUUCCUGCUGUCGGGAGCCUUAAAACAUUUUUACGCGUUUUCUGUUCUCAGCUCAUCUCUCCAUCAUCAGACUAACAGGGAUUUGUAAUAUUUUUUUUGUUCAAUGCCUUGAAAUUUGUGGAUCACGUGCCUUCCAGGUUGAAAUGUUGUAAUGACAAUGCAUCAAUGAAGAACUUGAACUCUCUCUAUCUCUCUCUCUUUCUUUUUUUUUUUUUUGUUAAACGUUCAGAGCGGACGUAGUAAAUAAAAAAACACACAAACAGACAUCAGAAACCAACUAUGCAUCACUUGGAGGAAGCUCGUACGCUCUCACCGCUGCCACCAUCCGCCCAGCCAGUGUACAGCUUUUAUAAUGACUCAACAAAAAACCAGACAGAAUGAUGUAGCAAAAAAAAACCUCUUUUUCUCCUGUUUUUAUUUUAUUUUUUAAGUGUGAAGAAUAUUUUGUGGCAUUUUUAUUUCUCACCAAGUGUUAGACAUUUUUGCUUUUUUUCGUGUAGUUUACUGGAAUAAUACAGCACUUUGCCAAAAAGAAAAAAAAGGUGUAGGAAUUUUAGGGUUAACUUUUUAUUUAUCGACAUAACUGGUUUCCUUCUUUGUAUUUUGGAUGUAUGACAGAUCAAGUCACUCUGUCCUGAUGUCAGAAACAAACAAAAAAAGCUAAUUGAAAAGUGGGGUCAUCUGUUUUCAAACUGUAAUAGUUAGUACAUGUGAUCUCUUUAUUAGCCUAUAAUAAAUAAAUGUUUUCAUACACAGA